AUGUAUUUGAUUCCUUCAGUGCCUUAUCUUGACUCCGCCUUCGACCUCGCUACCAUCUGUCUCAUAUCGGCCCUCCUCCUCCUCUCCCUCCUAUCCCUCUUCUUCGUCUUCCACCUCCGCCUCAAGUGCCGAACCUCCCACCAGCUCCAGAACUUCAACUCUCUCUGGACCGUACGGCUGCUCCUCGUGCUGUUCAUCUCUUUCUGGGCUGUCAACGAACUCCUCCGCAUACCCUUCUUCCGCCGGAGAUAUCCGUACCCAUUCUUGCCGGCGCUGACUCUGGCUCAACAGGCUGGUCUCUGCAAAGUUCACGUGGUUCUCUCUCUGGGUUUGUACGAGCCUGGCUUCCUCGUGACCUUUCUAUUCCUCGUCAACGUCUCCGUCAAGAAGCACAGCAGAGACAACAAGUGGGGUGUGGUCAUCGUCUUCGCCUUAUGCCUCCCUAUCUUCUUGCUGCAACUCUUCUUCACUUACUUCUCUCCUCCGGAGGUUCCUAUCCCUGGGUUUUUGAAGCGGAGCUUCAUGACCAUCAAGGACGAGUAUGGAAACGACGCCGUUUUGUGCAUGUACCCGCUCGUGAACACCCUCGUCUUCUGUGCGUUUGCGAUUGUGUACGCUGUCUGCUUCCUUUUGUCCUGUUGGAGGGUAGUCUCGCUCGUGAUCAACAAGGGCUUGAGGGUUCGGAUCUACGCGCUCGCCUCCGCGGUUCUCUUUCCGCUCCUGGUGCAGCUUCUCUUUCUGGGAAUAUCGGUGGUUUUUUCGCCGGCCGACACCUUCUACGGCGGCGCUGCACUGAUGGUAUUCCUCAGCGUGCUGUGCUGCACCGUCGUGGGGGAGAGCAUUUUGAUAAUCAGACCGAUCACGGAAGCGUUAUCCGCCGGAGGCGAUUGCUGCCUGUGGAUUCGCGACGUCGGGCCGGGGAAACAGGUGGCGGAUGAGGGUUAG